AUGGACAAAAUUCCACUCAACUACGAAGCCUCCGAAGGCGACACUCACAAGCAAACCACCAACUCGCUACCCCCAGAAGUAGUGCAAUGCCUGGAAAAUGCUCGUUUCCUCCAUCUGGCAACAUGCACAGAUAACGUGCCUCAUGUCUCGCUCAUGAACUACACAUACCUCCCCUCGUCGCCGUACUCCUCCGUGCCCGUCAUCAUCAUGACCACCAACCCAGCCUCGCGCAAGACGACCAACAUCAUCGCCAACCCCAGCGUCUCUCUCCUCGUCCAUGACUGGGUUUCCCACCGGCCACCUACCCAGGGCCGCCGCAUGUCUGGCGGUUCUCCAGGCCCCGAACACCGCUCCAGCCUCGCCUCCCUUCUCCUCAACCUCAACUCCUCGGCCAUGUCCAGCAUCAGCGCUACCAUAGGAGGAGCCGCCCGCCUGGCCCCGUCCGGCUCAGACGAGGAGAAGUAUUUUACGGAACAGCAUCUCGCCAACAAUACCUUUGAGGAAGGUGAGAGCAUUUUCCGGCAGGACAGCAACACUGGUGCCGAUGACCGUGGAAGUCACUUUGUGGCCGGGGAGGAGGUACGGGUCAUCAUUGUUGAUAUCAAGGACGUCAGAAUCAGUGACUGGAAGGGUACGGUCCGGGACUGGGCUUUGGUAUCAGAUGCGUCUUUGGUCAACGGGGCCUAA